AAGCGCCGCAGUGUUUUCUUGUUUUGACAAGUGACAGUGACAGAAGUCAAGUGACAACAAGAAAGUGCAAUCGUGAAAUUUAAUUUAGAAAUAAAAAAUGUCUUUUUUUGGAACUGCAUUAGGAGGAAAUCCCUUUUCGACGCCCGUAGGAUCGCGAAUUGAACAAGCCACAGAUGGAACGUUGGCUUCGGAAAACUGGAGCCUUAACAUGGAAAUAUGUGAUUUGGUGAACGAGACAGAAGACGGCCCUCGAGAUGCCGUCAAAGCCAUAAGGAAGCGUCUCACUCAGAACGCUGGAAAAAACUACACAGUGGUGAUGUACACCUUGACCGUUUUAGAAACUUGUGUAAAAAAUUGCGGAAAAAGGUUCCACGUUUUAAUUUGCAACAAGGACUUUGUGACAGAAUUGGUAAAAUUGAUCGGCCCUAAAAACGACCCGCCUACAGCUGUCCAAGAAAAAGUUCUAAGUCUAAUUCAAUCUUGGGCAGACGCGUUUAGAAAUCAACCGGAAAUGUCCGGAGUCGUUUGUGUCUAUCAAGAUCUUCUAGCAAAGGGCAUCGAAUUUCCGGCUACUGAUUUGGACUCAAUGGCGCCUAUUCAUACCCCUCAAAGGAGUGUGGAAACUGAAGUUCCAGUCGAAGCACCGAUCCCUCAACAUUCGUCACCGACUCCUCAUCUUCCUAGUCCCAGCGGGUCGCUAAGUCCCGAACAAAGGGCCAAGUUGCAGUCGGAACUCGACGUCGUGCAGAGUAAUAUGAACGUCUUGGGGGAGAUGCUGAGCGAAAUGAAGCCGGGAAAUGAACAACCCGACGAGCUGGAGUUGCUUCAAGAGUUGCACGUGACUUGUCAGAGUAUGCAGGAGAGGUUGGUGGAUCUAAUCAGCAAACUGUCCAACGACGAACUGACUGCGGAAUUGUUACGCAUUAACGACGAUUUAAACAAUUUAUUUUUACGAUAUAGUCGCUGGGAGAAAAACAGAGACACUACAGGAAAACAGUCGGCCUCGGCAGUCUUAGCUAAAGCCAUUCCACCCACCAAUAAACCUCCCCUACAAUCAGAAGACAGUCUUAUAGACUUUGGCGAUGACUUGCCUGAACAGCUUAGCAAAUUAAGUACUGGAGCCAGUGCCUCAACUCAGUUGUCUUCAAUCGAAUCUGUGACAGCCAAAAACGCUUCCGGGAAAGGCGACGACGAAUUCGACAUGUUUGCCCAAUCGAGAAACGUUUCUUAUGAAAAUUCUAAAAGCAGUGGCAGUACGUAUAAGGACAAUCUGGAGCCGGACCAAAUCGCGGGAGGGCUGAGCUCAGUGACUCAAGGAAAACACGCAACUCCGCCAGACCUUGAGUUUGACGAGAUGGCACAGUGGCUUGGCCAAACAACAGGUGGAGAAGAGUCGGUGACCAGCAGCGAAUUUGAGCGGUUUUUGGCCGAGAGAGCGGCAGCCGCUGAGCAGCUGCCCACUGUCACAGGCAGUACCAAUAGUACCAGUGCAAGGAAUACGUCAGCAAAGGACGAGAAAGGUCUUUUCGCUUUAUAAAUGCUUAGUUUUCGAAUAAGUAUUAAGGACACUCCAUGAAUUUUAUUUUUUGAAAUACCAAACGUGUUUUUAUUUUUGAGCGAGUUUUCAUGGAGUUUUUGAGCGCGUCUAAUAUCAUUAGUGUUUCUAGAUAUUUACAAGCAAAUAUCACUACACUUGUACUUAUGAGUACAUGUAAAUAAAAUGUUUUUAAUUUCGUAUAAAAUUCCAAAGUUUUGCAGUUGCUGGGGUUGGUUGAUAAGUGUAAAUAAUGUAAUUCACCUUUAUUUAAAUGUAUCUUAUUUAUUUGUGUUUCUAAUAAUAGGUGUAGCAUAUUUUGUUGAAAUUAUUCAUUGUGCGGAAUGAAUCACACAGGAAUUGUAGAAUUUAUGAGAUUCGUAGCAUUUUUAUGAUAAAUGUAUUUGUAUACCAAAGAUUUUUUAUUUUAAUAUGCAAUCUUGAGUUGUGUAAAGCUGAAAUUAGAGGAACUAAACUGCAGGAUUCUAUAUCAAACGUAAAAUAGUGCAAUGCAACAUAAAGCUUGACCGCUGUAGAACUUUAACUCAUUUUAGUGUUGUUCUGUUAAUCAUUCAAAUAACCAUGAUUCCCUAAAUCAAAACUUUAAUUCGUUGAGUGCGAUAACAAGAGUAGUACAUAAUUAUAUCCAUAAAGUUUAUAUGUUGUUAUGUAUUUUAUUUCAUUAUGUUUUAAAUAUGUAUAUUUUGAAAUAAAUGAUGUGUUAAUGUA